AUGAUGGAACCGCCGGCGAAGCGUUUGCGCAUCCUCCAGUCGGUCGAGGUGGACGAGGAAAACGAAGACUACAUCAAUGCAAAGAAAGCGCAAGAAAAGCGACUGAAGAGCAGGAUGGAGUCAAUAUUUGCCAAAUACGAAAACAUGCACGAGUCCAACAGCGAUAUUAUCGACAUGAAGAAGAACAGGGUGGUGGUUGAUCGAGGCCAUCUACGAAGACUGCAGCGACAAGUCGCGCGAAAGGAAACGUCAAUUCUGGAUAUCCUGGGUUAUUCUGCAACCAAAGAGGACGAUGAGCUUCCUGACGAGCAAGACACGGACAGUAGGGAAGAGUCAGAAGACGAAUUAGCGCCUACUCAACGUCCGAAAGCCGCCAAGGCAGAAGACGGGAACCGUCCAGGCACCGUCCAGCCGCAGCAAAAUCCAGUGCUUGCAAACUUGCAACCAAGCCCACAACACACACCUUAUACGCCUGGCCCAGCCUCAAAUUUGCUGCAAUACGUUCAAUUCCCUAAAACACCAGCUGGACAGCAAGCUCAAAAUGCCUUCUACACGACCCUCACACAAACCAUCAACCAAGCGGUUCAGCAGGCAGUAGCCCCUCUCUUUUCUGGAAUUCUGUCCAAUAAUACGAACCUACCAGGUUCAGCGGCUCAGGCGCCGCCACCUGCGUAUGCGACACCUUCACUACGUGCUGAUGUAGUUGCGCCUGCGACGGAUCCCAAGUGGUCUUUCCCGCCGCUUCCAGUGAUAUCCCCAAGGCCUCACUUGACACAGCCUAUGCCGCUUGCAGAUCCUGACAAGGAAACAGAAUCGAAUAUCGGGAGCAAGAAGAUGGAGAAGACAGGAAUUCGAACAAGGCAUACGAAAAAUUCCGAACGGCGGCAGGAUGGAGACAGGCCUUCGAUUAUCCAUCAGCAUGAGCCACACGCGGUUGAUGCGCCCUGUAGAAUACCUGCUAGAAGAAUUCUAAGGGUAGAGAUUAAAAGGAGACGAGGUUCAGUAUCAACAAUGCACACAAAGCAUUGCGAACCGCGGCAGAUUGAAGACGAGUUGUCGACUAUCGAGCAACGCGAAUCGCACGCAAUCGCUGCACCGUGUGUGACACCUUCAAGAAGAAGUCGGCGUGUGGAGAUUAGACGGGAAGUAUCGAAAUACCAGUUCAGCGAGGAGGAUGAUGUAUACAUCAGCACGAAAGUAAUGGAGGGAUGCUCGUGGGCAAAAAUUCGCAACGAUCGAAAGAAAUGGAGGAAGUGGCCAUUGUACUCAUUAGAACAACACUGGAACGAAUUGAAGCAACGAAAUUCACAUUUGCAAGUCGACCUACAAGGACCUAUACUGGACAAAUCCCAAGAGCCGCCCUCUCUCCUGCAUCAUUUACCAACACCCACUUCCUCAAGACACGGAGACCAUCUGGAAGAGUCAAUCGAAACAUGUACUCCUCGAGAGUCGAACCAGAUAUCCUCAAGCAAUGCUUAUGAUAAUGAAGAGCUCGAACUAUUAUCGAUAGCUGGUGAUAGCCACCCAGACAUGCCUGCAAUGUGCGACGAUGGCGAAUUGCUACCAGAUGUCGUCCUGCCCUCCAUCGAGACCCCACUAGAGCCAACCGAAGAAGACGAAAUCCAGCAAGAUCUCCAAAAAUCGCCUACCAUUGAGCCACCACGCAUCAUGGAGAAUCAAAAUAUAGCAUCUGCAAGAAAAGAAAUGGACCAGAGACACUCGUCCAAUCCUCAACAGAGUACCCCAGAUCCAACAUCCAACCCAAGAUACACACACUCGCAUGCCAACACCACAAACUCCACACCUUCCCAGCCCGUAAACACCUUCCAACGUCAAACUACCCGCCGCCGAAGCACAUCCAUCAAUCUUGUCGGCGACGACGACGAGCUCCUCGCACCCGCUACCCCACACAUCAAGCGCGAAUCCAGCACACCGCUCCCCUUGUCCUUUCUCUACAGCAGUCCAGCCCCCAACACACGUCCCGCCAUUAACUCGUCAAUAUCCGCAUCCACAUCGAAGAUCAUCGACCAGAAGGCAUUCCGCAAGCAGAUCAAGCAAUCGUGGACGAAGAUGGGUACGCCACGACGAAAAAGCGGGGGCAAGGUGCUUGCCAAGAGGAAGAGCUACCCUGUGCUUGCGAGGAAGAGGGCUUGGGACGACGGUGAAGAGGGGAGUGAGGAUGAGUUAGCGAUGUAG